CCUCCCUCCCUCCAUCGCACAUUGCCUGCUUACUGGCUCCCCGCCAUUGCUGACCAGUGACCGCAACCACCACCUUCCUGCCACUAUAUAUAUACCCCGCGCGCGCUGACGCAGUGACAAAUCGCACGGGCGGCGCGCGGCUUAGCUGUAUUGCACUGUCCACCACCGCCAGCAUCAAAUAUCUCCGGCGAGAGUUUCCGCGAUAUUUGUUUCUUUCCAGAGAGUUUUCCGGGAAGGGGGAGGAGGAGGAGCGGCGGCAUGGUGUUCUUCUGCUUCCUGGUGGACCAGCGGCGGAAGGUGCGGAGCAGCAAGCCGGCGGCGGGGAUCUGCUCGCGGUGCGGCGGCUGCGCCAGCGUGGCGGACAUGGAGACGGCCACGCGGCUCUGCUACCUCCUCACCGUGCACCGCGUCACCUGGCGCGCCAUCAUCUGCACCUUCUGCGGCGCCAUGCUCAAGUCCUACCGCCACUACAGGCUCUACUAGGCCGGCGGCCGACGCUGAUUGAUCUGCGCGCGCGACGGACGGCCGGCCGGCCACCGUCUCCACCCACGUCCCGUUUCCUGACUGACGGCCGGUGGAGCCUGCCUGUAUGUGCUAGCUAGUUUUGUUUGCUCGAUCUGCUUAAUUUGUGUUUCAGGCAUGCCCUCUAGCUUGAGCUUGGAGAUUGUUACACCGGAUGGAUUCUUGUGGUCUUAUGUACAUAUACGGAGUAGUAUUAUGCAAGGUGGCUAGUCUUGAUUAGUUAUUUAAUUUCCUCCGAAA